AUGAUUAAAUAUCAUCUUACAAAUUUGUUUUUCUUCUUUUACAUCAUUUAAUCUUAAUAAUUUUUAGGAAUAUAUAUAUAUACAGUUUUAAUGAAGCAAAAUAAGGCUAAUAAAAUAGAUUUAGAACUUUUCUAGAAAAUUUAAAUCAAUGAAUCAAAUGUUAAUUUAUCAUGGGUGUUAAAAUUUCCAAAUUGUCAUGAAUUAUAAUCAUCAAUUUUGCAAAUGCCUUUCAUAGACCUUCAUAUUGAGAUAUAAAAUUACGAUAUAUAUGGAGCAUGUCAUAUAAUUGUAAAUAAUCAAAUAUAAUACCCUUAUUUACAAAUUGCAGAAGGAAUGCUAGUAUAUUAGAAGAAAAAAAGUCUAUUUUUAAGCGAUUGUGUUAUUGAAAAAAAAAAAUUUCUUUGUAAUUAAAACCAACUAUUUUUAAUUAAAAUCUCUAAUAAUCAAGGUCGAUUAAUUCUUGUAUUCGUCCAUCCGAUAUCAUAAAGAGAAUGGUUUAAGAUACUAAAAUUAUCAGCUAAAUAAAAUAACUUUCUUUCAAAAUAUCGAAUAAAUGAAAUUCUCAUGUCAAAUAUUUUUUCUGUUCUCCAAAAAAGAAAGAAUAAAAAAUAUGUAGCUUAAAUAUUCAAAAAAAAAGAUAUUAAAUAAUAAGAAUAGUAUGAGAUCAUCAACAAUUAUAUCAAAAUUCUGAGAAGCGGAAAAAUUAUUAACUAUUACCCAGUCUUAAGUAUUUUUGAUGAUAGUGAAAGUAUUUCAAUAAUUACUUAUUAAUUCUAUGGAACAACUUUAGAAUCAUUAUUAAUGAGUUCUUAGAAAGCUGUUCCUCAAUCAGAUUUAGCAUUUAUAUUUUAUUCUAUUCUACAAUCUCUAAGAAGUUUAUAAGAUGAAGAAUUAUUCCAUGGACAUAUUUGUUUAGAGAAUAUCGUAAUGGCAAAUGUAUUGGGAUCUUUGUAGAUUUAUUUAAUAAACUCAAACUAUAAAGUAAAUAAAUGAAACUAAUUUAUAGCCGUAUAAUGUUAAUAAUUUAGAAUUUUAUUUAAAUUCUAUUCCGAAUUAUUUAUUAGCUCCAGAAAUUCAAACUUGCUAGGAUUUACCAUCAGUGAAAUCAGAUAUUUAUUAAUUAGGAAUGAUUUUUCUUAUGGUGAGUUUUUAUGCAAAAGGUUCAAUUUUUAACCGAUAAUACAUAUCGAAAAUAUUUUAAAGUAGAAAAGAACUUAUCAAAUAAUAGGAAGUUAAUUUUCAAAAAUGUCGAAAUUCUGAUUUUCCUAAUCUAUAUAGUGCUUGUUAAUUAGACUUAAUUAAGAAGAUGAUUGAAAAUGAUCCAGAUAGUAGAAUAUCUGUGAAUGAUGCUAUUAAACAUGCAUGGUUUAUAAAUACAAAGGAUAAAUUAAAAUCUUAAAAGAUAUAAUAAAUGAAUCGCAAUUUGCCUAGUUUAAGAACAAUCAUAGAAAUGGUUGAGUAAAGUGAAUAAGAUAUAAGAAGAAAAUCAUUUUAGGUAAGUAACUUACAAUGUAGCAAAAAGAAAUUAGAAUGUGCUACUUCUAUCUAACAAUUCGAUUUUAACGCUUUUCAAUAAUAAUAAGACACAAGUCCAAUUGCGAAAUCUUUUGAAAGUUAAAAUGAAAUUAUAGAUGAAGAGCAUGAAAUAAGUAAUUUAAUAUUGAAUCUUAAUAACAAAUAAUAUCGUAUGAUGCCAUCUUUCGAAGAUAAAAAUUAAUAUUAAAUAGUUUAGCCUUAGAAUUAACUACCUUAAUUUCAAGACUGA